UUAUUUGCGCGGCUACACUGCGGUACGAUGCUAAACAGUUGUUAUCGUUAACAUGUCAAUCCCCACAGAAUCACCGUCUCAAGAAAGCGGAGAAGAACCAGAAUCUCUGCCAUCAACUCACUACCCUCCUGCCCCUCCCCAUGAGCUGUUUGAUCUAUCAACAACCGUUGAUCCUGCAUAUGUGAUAUCUUUGAUACGAAAACUCCUACCAACAGAAGUGAAUGUUGGAGGGGCCUGUGGUGAACAAAAAACUGAAGAGCUGACGACAACUUCAGUGUCUUCUUUUGAAAAUGGAGAAGAGAUGCAGACAAAUAAUGGAAAUUACUCCCUGGAUGGUGUUAAUGAUUUUAAUAAAGCAGAGAAAGUUAACGAAUUUGAUGAUGUUGUAUGCUGUGGAAGUACAAAGAAGGGGUCAACAGCAGGAGAAGACGCCUGGGAAGAAUAUGGUUGUAUUUUAUGGGACCUUGCCACAAGUAAAACUCAUGCUGAAUUGAUGGUUCAAAACCUCAUACUUGAAGUUCUCUUUUCCACUCUCGUGGUUUCAAAAUCUGCGCGAAUAACAGAAAUUAGCUUGGGGAUCAUUGGAAACCUAGCUUGCCAUGAACUUUCUCAGAAGAAGAUAACUUCCACAAAUGGAUUGAUCAUGGCAAUCCUGGAGCAGCUGUUUCUGGAUGACACGCCAUGUCUUUGUGAGGCAUGCCGGGUGGUGACUUUAUGCCUUCAAGGUGAUGAGAGUAAUCUUUGGGCAGAGGCCUUGCAAUCUGAGCAUAUAUUAUGUCGCAUUUUAUGGAUUGUGGAAAAUACAUUAAAUCCACAGCUUAUUGAUAAGGUCAUCAACCGGUCAAGGACCGAUGAAAGAAGAUGGGGUGCAAAGGUGGGAUUAUUCCUAGAUUACGGUUAGGUGGGACUAUUCUAAGAAGACCGAUAAAAGGUGGGAUUAUUAGUUUCCAUUUUCCCAUUAAAAUAUUAAAUGAAUUUAGAGUAGGGGUUCUUUAUUUGUUUCUAGGCUCACUUGCAGGUAAAUGGAUUUGGAUAAGGGAUCUUUAUAUCAUGUAAAGUACUACAGUGUAUCCUUUUUCCUUAUUUGAUUUAUUCCUGGCUGUACACAGUAGGUGUGUCCCAGAACUUGCACUCUUCAGAGAGCUUCGGAUUUGUAUGAUUGGCUAUGUCCCCCUCCAAAAAACAUAACUUUAAGCAAUAUUUCUUUUUAUGACCCUAUAUUUCUGUCAAAAGCUCAAAAGAAAUAAAGAAUAGAAUAAACAGAGUGUUUAUUCAAGCACAGAAUGUACAUUAUAGGGUUUUUACAAACCAGCAUGUGUUAUCAGUGUGAUGUAAUUUUCCACUAUUAAACAGAGUGUAAGUCUGAUCCUUGCAAUGUUGCACAAUAAACAAGAAGCAGCUGGUGUUUUUCAACCACUAUUAACGAAGAUGGGUCUCCCUCGUAUUCUGGUUGAUCUUUUAUCCUUUGAGAUGUGCAAAUUACGGGAAGAGCGGCUACCUGAAAGGUACUCUGUUCUUGGUUUGAUUCUUCAGGCCAUUGAGGCUCUUUCUGUCAUUGAUGAAUGCUCACAAGAAAUCUGUGCAAGUAAACGACUUUAUAUGCUACUCACCGACCUAAUCAAACUUCCUGAAAAAGUUGAGGUUGCUGAUUGUUGUAUUACUGCUGCUGUUUUGAUAGCAAAUAUUCUGACAGAGGCUGCCGAUCUAGCUUUAGAAGUAUCACAAGACCUUUUGCUAUUACAGGGUCUAUUUAGUCUAUUCCCUUAUGCUUCAGUGGAUGUUGAAGCAAGAAGUGCUCUUUGGAGCAUCAUUGCAAGAUUCUUGGUUCAAGUUCAAGAAAAUGAUGUGAGCCUUUUGCAACUACAUCAAUAUGUCUCUGUUUUCACAAGUGAAGCAGAAGUUAUUGAGGAAGAACUUCUUAAUGACCACUCCACUGAAGGACUUCUCAAUGACCACUCCACUGAAGAACCUGUGAGCUCUGGUACCACUUCAACUUUAGUUGCCAGAAAUGCAGCUCUCAAUGGAAUUGUAUGGGUUUUAAAUCAAUGGAUUGGUUUAGAGGAUAAUAUCAAGGAGUCUCUUCCUAUGGGGAAAUCCCAAGUAAGCAAAGAAGAUGCUUACAAGUUGUUGCACUACUGUGGAAAAUAUAUCAAGGGGUGUUAGCAGAUGAUUUUCUAUUCUGAAAGACCUAGCAGAUUCAGCAAUUUUGGCCAAAUACUCCUCCACACCGGCCCUAUAUGCUUUUCUUGAUACUGUAUUAUCUUCAGAGUUCCUAUUUUCGUGUAUGGUUAUAGGAGGUGCACUUCCAGAUAAUGAUUAAUGGCAAUAGUGUUUGAAUUCUACGCUGAGAUGGCAUGCUGAUCAGCGAAUUGUUCAUAUGAAGGGAGUGUUUGCAACUGCUUCUGCUUAAAAAAAAGCACUUUUGGAGAAGUAAUGAAAAAGUGAUUGGUAGUAAAAGUUGAUAGUGUUUGAGAAAAAAGUGAUUUUGAAAAGUAAAAGUUGGUAGUGUUUGGUAAAAUAAGUGCUUUUUGUGUAAUAGAAAAGGGAAAAGCACUUUUCACACGCAAGCCGAGAAAAAGUAAAAAUUGGUAGUGUUUGGUAAAUAAGUGCUUUUUAAAGCCAAAAGCUGAGAAGUGCUUUUUUUUAAGCAGUUGCAAACACUCCCGAAGAAAUUAAGAAUGCUCAAUCAUGUAAUGGUGUUAAUCUUGAACCCAGGGCGUUUGCCCCCGGUGGGAUUUCAGGCAUUAUUCUAAACUCUUACAUGGGGGUGGGUCUGGUAUGGUUCUGAGUGCUUCAAAGUUCAAAGGACCGUAAAACAAAUCAUGUUUGUGCAAAGCACCAAAAUUCUUGGGAAAGAGUUGUUUUCUUUUCAG